UCUCAAAUUCUUAGGAAACUUUAUUGCCCGUUGAGCUUGCGAAGCAACAGGCGGAACCUACUGUGGUGGAGUGGCGACGACUGUUUCACCGGCCACUUCAUAGCAGAUUUUGCACUCUUGAAGGAAUUAAGACCUUGGAAAAUUGAUUUGCCUUCACUUGAUCCU